GAGCAGACGCACUAAUAUCACUGAUCAGUGUUGCGAAGCAAUGGGGGAAGAAUCGCCAAGCCCAUCCAGGCGUUCGAAGUCCAAGAAUUACCUCUUGGUGCAAGCCUUGCUUUGUGUUCUUUGCACAGUCGUUGGAGCAUUCUAUCCCACGCUUUUGGAUUGGUCCAAGACCGCAUUUGAGCAGGAAGUCUUCUCUGGCCACACCAAGGAGACGCGUGCUUACCCUUUCAGUCCAGCCUCUGUGGUGUUGGUGAAUGAUGCGCUGCAGCUCUCUUUGGCGCUGUUUGCAGUGUCAUUGAAGCUGGGCUUAUCUUCCAUCUUCAAGGAUGGUAGCCUGAUUCUGAAGAUGCUGCCUUUGGGUCUAAUCUAUGCUGUGGGAGAGCUUCUCACACUUCGCUCAGUGCAAAAGGGCUCCGGGCCUGUCUACGUUGUGAUUGCCAACAUGAAGCUUGUAGUGGCUGCCGUGAUGUCCCGGCUGUUCUUUGGGCAAUCGCGAUCUUUGCCGUUGCUUCACUGGCUGGAGCUUGUGUUCAUCAGCUUUCUUGCAGCCCUGUACACUUUGGCAGAGGCUGGGAAUAUGGGUUCUCAAUGGCGCUGGGAGGGGGCUUGGGCUGCUUUAGCUAAAAGCUCCCUUGUGGCCUUUAGUUCAGUAUUCUGUGAGCAUACCUACAAAAACAACUCCUUCCUGGUGGUCUUGGCCUUGCAGGCUUUUUGGGGCCUGGCGACAAUGCUUUUGCUCCUAUUGGGAGCAAGUUUGUCUAUGCCGGGCUAUGGUUUCCUUGGUGGUGUUGCCCUGGAACUGCGUGAUGACGCUGGGAAUUGGGCUUUCUUCUCAGGAGGACCUUGGCAUCCAUUGUGCGAUUCACCAGAGCAUUUGAGAUGUGUCCAUCAUCUUGCUGCAAGAGAGUCCUGCAUUUGCAUCACUGAACGAGGCUGGGACUCGUAUACCUUUCUCGCUGUUUUUGCUGAUCUCAGCAAUGCAGUGAGUUCGGCUUUGGUCUUCAGACGCUUGAGUGCUGUGGCUAAAUAUGUUUGUCGAGCCUCAUCAGCGGUCCCUAUGUACAUCUUUUAUUGUGCAGUCGGACGUGCCCUGUGGGAUGCAAAGAUCUUCGGCAUUGUUUUGCUACUGUGCCUACAGAUUGGGAUCUAUACAGUACAACGACAUCGAGCAGAAGCAGAAGCUGAAGAAGCAGAGGAAGCCGCAUGGGCGCAGGAGUAUACCAGGAAUGGCGGCCCCAAGAAGAGCGCCUGAGCAGAGCGGUUGUAAGAUGUCACUUGAUUUUUGUAGAGUUCGAGUUCGACACAGUUCGAAACAAUUUGUCCACCUGCAAGCUUGCAAGUGAUGGUGAUGUCGUUGACAUCCAAUGCAAGUUCAAGAUAGUUCAAGCAGAGUUGUCAAUGCGACUGCAACAAAAUCAGUUGCAGGCCAGGAUGGAAAGUCCGCUCAUCCCUUUAUAAAACAGUGAAAUGUAGACACCCUGAGCUGAAUCAAUUGCCAAAGAGACGGGAUCCCCUGUCCCGUCAGCAACUUUGCCACGUUGUCAAAGCUCAGCGACAGUAGCUACACUGUUUGGUUCAAAAGCCCUUGUAUCGC